AGCACAGAGGCUGCUUCUGUGAACUGUUGAAUUCUUGUCCUUUUGAACUUCAAAAAUAGAAAGUGAUGAAAACUAUAACCAAACACUCUGGACAGUUAAGGGAAAUUUCUUGGUGUAGUGACAGAAGGUCCAAGGACUAAAGGUUGUAUGCGCACAGGGCCAAACAUCUGGAUGGAAACUCAAUCAAUUGCUGAAAAGUCAUCAGUCUCAGCUUGUUUUCUAAUCACCGUUUCCAGCUUCCUUCUGGGGUUGGGAAAAUGGAAGGGGUGGGGGAAGAGUAAUAGGACAAGAAUCCUAUUGGGGAUCCCUAAAUAUGGUAGUGGCUCUUUGAUCUCCACAUCACCCUCCUCCUGGGUCUGUAUUUAGGCCUGCCAAGCUCCCAUAACCUCCCCCAGAGGAGUUUAAGCAAACUCACUUCCUUUUUGAAUUGGACGAUUUCGGCUUGAGUCGCCUUGGUUCGCGUGCCAGCCCACGAGCACCGGACUGCGGGCAGAACACAAUUGAAAAAGGAAAAAGGGUGGCCAAAGAAGCGAUCCCUCCACUUUGCAGACAAACAUUUGUUUUUAACCUUGGAAAGCCCUCCGUGGUCCUCUUUUCCACAUUGUCUGAUGGAAAAUGAAUUCCCAGAGCCUGCUUGGAGUCUAGUGGAAAAAGUCGUGGUGUGGUGUGUGGAAGGUCCUGGGUGCCAAGCGGACAUUCCCAGAGAACCAUGAACGGUGUAGGAAAUAUGACAGGACCUGAGGUCGACAUCAGCUGCCUCUCCACUAUCGAUGACUUCCGCAACCAAGUAUACUCCACCGUGUACUCAAUGGUCUCUGUCAUCGGCUUCUUCGGCAAUGGCUUUGUGCUUUACGUACUCAUCAGGACGUACCAUGAGAAAUCAGCCUUCCAAGUAUACAUGGUGAACCUAGCCGUGGCCGAUCUGCUGUGUGUGUGUACGCUGCCUUUUCGGGUAGUUUAUUACGUUCAACGAGGUAUCUGGUCCUUGGGGGACUUCUUGUGUCGACUCAGUACCUAUGCUUUGUAUGUCAACCUCUACUGUAGCAUCUUCUUUAUGACCGCCAUGAGCUUUUUCCGUUGUGUGGCCAUAGUAUUCCCAGUCCAAAACAUCAAUCUGGUGACCCAGAGAAAAGCCAGGGUCGUGAGUGCGGCCAUUUGGAUUUUUGUUAUCCUGACCAGUUCGCCCUUUUUUCUGAUGAGCAAACCCUAUAAAGCUGGGAAUAUCACCAAGUGCUUUGAGCCCCCCCAGGACUCAAAAAGUAAGAAAACGGUGCUGGCCUUACACUAUGUCUCGUUAUUCUUUGGCUUCAUCAUUCCAUUUGUUACCAUAAUUGUCUGUUACACUAUGAUCAUCUUGACCUUAUUAAAGAAUUCAAUGAAGAAAAAUCUGCCCAGUCGUAAGAAGGCGGUAGGAAUGAUCAUUAUUGUAACAGCUGCCUUCUUGAUCAGUUUCAUGCCUUAUCACAUUCAACGCACGAUCCACCUUCACUUUUUGAACAGUGAAAAUAGAACCUGUGAGUCUCUCCUGGCCAUGCAGAAAUCGGUGGUCAUAACCUUAUCUCUGGCAGCAUCAAAUUGCUGUUUUGACCCACUCCUCUAUUUCUUUUCAGGGGGUAACUUCAGGCAAAGGCUGUCCACUUUUAGAAAGCAUUCUCUUUCUAGCAUAACCUAUGCACCCAAAAAGAAGAUCUCCUCCCAAGAAAAGGUGGAUGACUUAAGCAAAGAGUAGGGUCAUCCUGCCAAGUGAAAUCUCUCUUAUGUCAAUGAGAAAAGUUAACUAAAUAGUUAUUUGCUAUAAUCAGAUAGAUAGAUAGAUAGGUAGGUAGAUAGAUAGAUAGAUAGAUGUGUGU